GGGGUGUUGCCAGCUCAUUCUUUCUGCGCCAUCCUGUUGUUUCCUCUCAGAGACAGCCAAGGCUUCAGUGUUUGGGGCAGAAUUCAGGCCUGUUUUCACUGUCUUCUGCUCGGCGGCCCAUGGGCAGAGCUGGGACACCAGUGGGAAGGAAGGAAAGAAGGAAGAAGCCCCUGGCUGACGGGCCCAAGGACAAGACCCAAGGAGAGCCUCCCUGAAGAUGCCUAGCCUCCUCCUCUCUGCCUUGGGAUCACCUUGGUGCCAUCCUUAGUGUUUCCCCAGUGUCGGGGUGGAGUUAGGAUGCACACAGCACAGGUGCCUGAGCCGGUUGGUCUGGAUUCCCAGGAAGAAUUCCAGGUUGGAGAAAAGGGAAUCCUCGAGUCCAACUGAGCAGAGACUCCUCUCAGUGAGAGAAAGGUACUCUGUACUCCUGGAAGGGGGACUCAGUUCCCACCAAAGCCUGAGUGGAAAGACCUAAGCAUCCCCCAACCCCCCAAGGCUACAGCGGGGGUGGGGGACGUGAAAUGAGAUUGCUCCUACUCUGAUCUCCCUAAUCCCAAACUUGAGGGGCAGCUCACUCAUGCCUGGGGCUGUAGAGUAGCUGAGAAAGAAGGGACAGACUUGGGGGUGGCGGGAGUCAGAAUAUCUGGUAGAGCCAACAGGUCAGGGGUUAGCUGGUGGAGCCAGUCUGAGGGCCUGGCUGCUGAUGUCACCAGUCUGCAACCUGGGAUCCCAGCACCUCCCUGGGCAGGAUGAGUUCCAGGACCAGGCCCCUGGGCCAGUUUCAUAGGGCUGAGCCUGGCUUGGGCUGCACAGAGCUCGGCAGCAGGAGCCUGUGAGAGCAGAGGUAGGCAGCCUAAGCUUGGGACCAGAAGGUCGGCCAGACAGGGCUGUGGGUGGAAGGGCCUGCCUGCCCCACUGCCCUUGCAGCUUCUUCAUCUGGGAGAAGGGGCUCCUCACAUGCCCAGUCUGGCAGGAAUCAGCCUGGUGCCAGGGGCCAUCACACCGGUGGCUCCCACCAAAGCCCAGCCUAAGCCCAGACAGACCUCACCCCUGCUCUCUCCCUAGCAUCUUCUCCCCAUUUCCCGCCCAGAGGCCUGGCCUCUUCCUCCGCCCCCUACAGCAGUUUGGCCCCUCCCUCCCACAUAAGUCACUUACCAGGCCUGUCCCUGCGGCAUCCAGUCCGUGGGUCCUGUCCCAUCCAUCCUGACCUGUUCCAUCUCAGCCCCAGGACUCAGUGCUGCGGUUGCCAACACUGCUGCCAGGCAUGAUGGAUGGGCCACGUUCCGACGUGGGCCGUUGGGGUGGCAAUCCCUUGCAGCCCCCUACCACGCCGUCUCCAGAGCCAGAGCCAGAGCCAGAGCCAGAGCCAGAGAGACGCUCUCGCAGAGGAGGGGGAGGCCGUUCCUUCUGGGCUCGCUGCUGUGGCUGCUGUUCAUGCCGAAAUGCGGCAGAUGACGACUGGGGACCUGAACCCUCUGACUCCAGGGGUCGAGGGUCCAGCUCUGGCACUCGAAGACCUGUCUCCCGGGGCAGCGGUGUCAAUGCAGCUGGAGAUGGCACCAUCAGAGAGGGCAUGCUAGUAGUGAACGGUGUGGACUUGCUGAGCUCACGCUCGGACCAGAACCGCCGAGAGCACCACACGGAGGAGUAUGAGUACGACGAGCUGAUAGUGCGCCGCGGGCAGCCUUUCCACAUGCUCCUCCUCCUGUCCCGGACCUAUGAAUCCUCUGAUCGCAUCACCCUUGAGUUACUCAUUGGAAACAACCCCGAGGUGGGCAAGGGCACGCACGUGAUCAUCCCAGUGGGCAAGGGGGGCAGUGGAGGCUGGAAAGCCCAGGUGGUCAAGGCCAGUGGGCAGAAUCUGAACCUGAGGGUCCACACUUCCCCCAACGCCAUCAUCGGCAAGUUUCAGUUCACAGUCCGCACACAAUCAGACGCUGGGGAGUUCCAGUUGCCCUUUGACCCCCGCAACGAGAUCUACAUCCUCUUCAACCCCUGGUGCCCAGAGGACAUUGUGUACGUGGACCAUGAGGAUUGGCGGCAGGAGUAUGUACUUAAUGAGUCUGGGAGAAUUUACUAUGGGACCGAAGCACAGAUUGGUGAGCGGACCUGGAACUACGGCCAGUUUGACCACGGGGUGCUGGAUGCCUGCCUAUACAUCCUGGACCGGCGAGGGAUGCCAUAUGGCGGCCGUGGAGACCCAGUCAGUGUCUCCCGGGUCAUCUCUGCCAUGGUGAACUCCCUGGAUGACAAUGGAGUCCUGAUUGGGAACUGGUCUGGUGAUUACUCCCGAGGCACUAACCCAUCAGCGUGGGUGGGCAGCGUGGAGAUCCUGCUUAGCUACCUACGCACCGGCUAUUCCGUCCCCUAUGGCCAGUGCUGGGUCUUUGCUGGCGUGACCACUACAGUGCUGCGCUGCCUGGGUCUGGCCACCCGUACUGUCACCAACUUCAACUCCGCCCACGACACAGACACAUCCCUUACCAUGGACAUCUACUUCGACGAGAACAUGAAGCCCCUGGAGCACCUGAACCAUGAUUCUGUCUGGAACUUCCAUGUGUGGAACGACUGCUGGAUGAAGAGGCCGGAUCUGCCCUCGGGCUUUGACGGGUGGCAGGUGGUGGAUGCCACGCCCCAGGAGACUAGCAGUGGCAUCUUCUGCUGCGGCCCCUGCUCCGUGGAGUCCAUCAAGAAUGGCCUGGUCUACAUGAAGUACGACACACCUUUCAUUUUUGCUGAGGUGAAUAGUGACAAGGUGUACUGGCAGCGGCAGGACGAUGGCAGCUUCAAGAUUGUGUAUGUGGAGGAGAAGGCCAUCGGCACACUCAUUGUCACAAAGGCCAUCGGCUCCAACGUGCGGGAGGACAUCACCUACCUCUAUAAGCACCCAGAAGGCUCAGACGCAGAGCGGAAGGCAGUAGAGACAGCAGCAGCCCAUGGCAGCAAACCCAAUGUGUAUGCCAACCGGGGCUCAGCGGAGGAUGUGGCCAUGCAGGUGGAGGCACAGGACGCGGUGAUGGGGCAGGAUCUGAUGGUCUCUGUGAUGCUGACCAAUCACAGCAGCAGCCGCCGCACAGUGAAACUGCACCUAUACCUCUCAGUCACCUUCUAUACUGGUGUCAGUGGGACCAUCUUCAAGGAGACGAAGAAGGAAGUGGAGCUGGCACCAGGGGCCUCGGACCGUGUGACCAUGCCAGUGGCCUACAAGGAAUACCGGCCCCAUCUUGUGGACCAGGGGGCCAUGCUGCUCAAUGUCUCAGGCCAUGUCAAGGAGAGCGGGCAGGUGCUGGCCAAGCAGCACACCUUCCGUCUGCGCACUCCAGACCUCUCCCUCACGUUACUGGGAGCAGCAGUGGUUGGCCGGGAGUGUGAAGUACAGAUUGUCUUCAAGAACCCCCUUCCCGUCACCCUCACCAAUGUCGUCUUCCGGCUCGAGGGCUCUGGGUUACAGAGGCCCAAGAUCCUCAACGUUGGGGACAUUGGAGGUAAUGAAACAGUGACACUGCGCCAGACAUUUGUGCCUGUGCGACCAGGCCCCCGCCAGCUCAUUGCCAGCUUGGACAGCCCGCAGCUCUCCCAGGUGCACGGUGUCAUCCAGGUGGAUGUGGCCCCAGCCCCUGGGGACAGGGGCUUCUUCUCAGACGCUGGAGGUGACAGUCACUUGGGAGAGACCAUCCCUAUGGCAUCUCGAGGUGGAGCUUAGCCCUGUGCCAGGAGCAAUGGGACUGGAGUCAGAUGAGCAAGGACACUGCCCCAAGAUGGGGGCACACUACAGAGCAGCUCCCCAGAAGCUCAGGUGGGGAGUCCAGGGCUCCCGGAGAGGGAGUCAGUCUUCACUUGCACUGGGGGCACAGAUGCUAAUAAACUGUUUUUUAAUGAA